AUGGGCGAGUACUCGAAAGCACUUUCAUCGUACGAACGAUCACUUGAAAUCCAAAAAAUAGCUCUCCCUCCGAAUCAUCCCAACUUCGCUAUUUCCUACAACAACAUCGGUUUGGUGUAUUAUACCAUGGGCGAGUACUCGAAAGCACUUACUUAUUACGAAAAAGAUCUGGAGAUCAGUCUGAAAGUUCUCCCUCCGAAUCAUCCCGACUUGGCUAAGUCCUACAACGGCAUCGGUGUGGUGUAUUAUAACAUGAGCGAGUACUCGAAAGCACUUUCAUCGUUCGAACGAUCACUUGAAAUCCAAAAAAUAGCUCUCCCUGCGAAUCAUCCCGACUUGGCUGCUUCCUACAACAACAUCGGGCACUUGAAUUAUAGCAUCGGCAAGUACUCGAAAGCACUUGCAUGUUAUGAAAAAGCACUUGGAAUGUACCAAAAAUCGCUUCCUCCUGGACAUCCUGAUAUGGUACGAACACAAAAUAACAUUGCACUUCUGAGAAAAAAAAUGUAA